AUGACAGCGCAUAAAGCACAAGGACAGACUCUUGAGACUGCGGUGGUUGACUUCGAAUCGUGCCGUGGGACCGAGGCGCCCUAUGUUAUGGCAUCACGCGUGAAAUCGCUCGACGGUCUUUUAAUUCUUCGACCUUUUCAGCUUAAGAAAAUUCAAUGUCGCCAGUCCGAAGAUAGCCGGAAAGAACAUACUCGUCUCAACAUUCUAGCUGUGCAUACCACG